GCGUCGGGAUUGGCCGGGCCCGAGGCUCGGGAUGCCGGCUGCCCCCGGUAAGACGCGCGAGUCCCGCGGGCGCGGGCGAGGGGGAAAGGGAAAGGCUCGCGGGCGGCUAUGAGGCGCCUUCCGUCGGGAAAGGCGCGCGGAGCUCCGCCGAGGUGGCUCAGCGACGCCCUCGGGGCCUUCCUCUUCCUCGCCCUCACGGCAACGGCGGAGAAGGAGCACCGGGUCCGCCAGGCCUGCGACACCUGCCGCGGAAUAACGGACCGCUUCAGCCAGGGUCUAACUGACACUGCAAAAAAGAACUUUGGAGGUGGCAAUACAGCUUGGGAAGAAAAGACUCUGUCAAAGUAUGAGUCCAGUGAAAUUCGUCUUGUGGAAAUAAUAGAGAACCUCUGUGACAGUAGUAACUUUGAAUGCAACAACAUGGUAGAAGAGCAUGAAGAACAUAUAGAAACAUGGUGGUUCAAAUGGAAGAAGAAGUCUCCUGAUUUGUUUAAGUGGCUUUGUAUAGAAACAAUAGAAGUUUGCUGUCCUGCUGGAACACAUGGUCCAGACUGUGUUGCUUGCCGUGGGGGAUCAGAAAGACCUUGCCAUGGAAAUGGCAACUGUGCUGGAGACGGCACCCGAGGUGGCGAUGGAUCCUGCCGCUGUAAAAGGGAAUACCAAGGAGAAUUUUGUUUGGACUGCUCUGACGGCUACUACAACUCUCAUAGAAACGACACACAUUCUGUUUGUACAGCUUGUCAUGAUUCAUGUAAAACGUGCAUUGGAGCAACAAACACAGACUGUAACGAAUGUAAAGAAGGUUGGACCAGAAAUGAAGACGCCUGUGUAGAUGUGGAUGAAUGUGCCGUAGAGGAGUCUCCAUGCAGUACGGACAAAUUCUGCUUAAACACAGAGGGCUCUUUCUCCUGCAAAGCAUGCGAUCGGGGCUGCUUGGGAUGCACAGGAGAAGGGCCCAGCAAAUGUAAAAGCUGCGUACCUGGCUAUGAAAUGAAAGAUGAAAAAUGCACAGAUGUAGAUGAAUGUACCUCGUCCGAAAAGGUGUGUGUAAGAGAAAAUGAAGACUGCGUUAAUACUGCAGGGGGUUACAAAUGUGUCUGUUCCGAGGGUUUUCAAGAUGAAGAUGGCUCUUGCGUUGCAACAGUAAAAGGAGAAGAGGAGACGGCCGCAAAUGUAUCUUCGUCAGAUGCCCAUGAGGAGUUAUGAUCUACAUUCCAAGGCGACAGACAUUGGUAUCAAACCUUUAAGUUAUUGGACCAAACAGCUGCUACCUGAGAUGUAAAUGGUAUUAAAUAACCUCAGGUCGCCAGUAAGAUUCUCUCUGGAACUUAAUGAUGAAUUGCCCUUUCAACUGCAUUUCUUUGUGAAACAUAAACAAUUGUCACUUUUUAUACUGCCAUUGAACUACCUUAGUAGACAUUGUUGGAGAUAGAUAUGUAUUUCCCCCCAGUGUAUUUGGUUAAAUUGAACGACUUAUUGCUGAGUCCUGCAAAACAUUGCUCCUUGUGUAAAAGAAAAUGACUAACUUAAGUACUUUUAGAUCUGGGUGGAUUUUCUAUGACCCGCACUUGUCUUU